GUUUCGGAACACUGCUCAGGGCGACACUCCAUUCCAUAUCUCAAGCACAAGCAAAAUCUCACGUCGGUCCACUUACUCAUGUAAAUUACAGAUAUUGAUAUUAGAUCAACCACAUGACGCUCCACACUAGUAACCGGACCUGCGUGCCGGUGACGCCCAGAGAUCGUGCUACUUCUUCCACCGGACAUGGCCAGACAGGCGCUACAUCAGCACCGCAAACCGGAAACACAAAGGAACGCUCUGCCAAAAGUCCGGCUCUCUUUGCCGCAGGUCUUGUUGGAUCCUCCUCCGUGCCACCUGGUUUUGAAGAUACGCUCUCUCCGGAGGACCGUGCCCGCAAUAGCCUUCACGAUUCGGAAAGAAAGUCCCCGUUGGACCGGCUGAGGGAGUACCGUCGCACAUUGGACGGGGUAGACCACGAGGAUGAAAAUACACACGCUGCACUUCUUCAUCUUCAGGAUGAUCUUCUCGUAAAAGAAGGAGGGCGCAAAUUGCAGAGAUCUCCUACCGCAAAACCCUUGUUGGAAACAGUGCUUUCUGAGAGCAUUUUGGACUCUGCUCCACAUGGAGGUGGUGAGCAGGCGGAUACUCUGUUGGCCGCUGCUGGUGGAGCACCGCCUCCAGGCCUUUCCUCUGGACAUCCGAAAAACAGUGCGCAAUCUGCUGAAAGAAAUGUUACGAAAAAUGUUACGUCCUCUUCUAUGACUGCUGCUCAGGAAAAUUGGCCUCUUGCUGCAACCCCUUCUUGGUUUACGGGUGUGCCUGAGUUAUCGCCAACGCCCUACUUCGGGACCACCGGGAUGCACCGAGGUGCCCCUCGGUGGAGCCCGGCGAGCAGCAUGCUGAUCGGCGCUGAUGGCUUGAAUCCGUCUACUGGUGUGAACAAUGUGCUGCCUAACAUGAACCUUCCGUCUCCAUCCAGCAUGGUUGUACAAGGAGCGCCGAUGCCGGGAGCAUCGUAUCAUCAUCAGCCUGUGCCCGCCUACGGUCCUCACGGAAUGACUCCCAUGCCGCUGCCACUGCCUUUUCCCCCGUUCUCCCCCGUUCCGCUACCGGGUCUCCAUCAUGCGUACAGCGCGGAGGCUGCAGCUGCAGGAGGAGUGUCUAUUUUUGGGUCGCAGCACCCCUUUGGCGCCGAAACUGGAAUGAUGCCCCCGACGGGAGCGGGACACCACUGGCCGGAGACGGUUUGCGUGGAAGUCGAAUCUUCGGAGAGCACGCCCGAACCGGAAACGGCUGGCGCCGCUCGCGCGAAGAAGGAGUAUCUAAAGACAAUAAUCUGUCUGCACUACAUGAAGGGGAACUGCUCCAAGGGCGACCAGUGCCGUUUUAAGCACCCCUCGCCGGAGGAACUGGAAGCCACCGGGAUGAGUAGAUAUUUUUACCACUCACGCUGGAGAAAGUUCCAACGAACAGUGAAAGCCAGGCAAGAGAAACUGGCUAAGCAGCAAGCAGAUGAAGAGGCCGCUGCGGCGAAUGCGAUGAAGCUUUCACAAGGUCGUGAGGGUGCUAACCCAGAAGAUGGACAAGAAGCUACGAAAGCUGCAAGAGUGCUGACGGCGGGACACGAAGAAAAAGGAGUGCGCGCGCCAGGUAGUAGCAGCAGCAGCAGCAGUACUAGUAGCAGUACUCUGCCUGGAAGUCAGCCCGCACAGCUUCCUCUAACUGCAGGUGAAAAGAGAUGGCUUAGCAUAGAAUGCGGGCUCGCCGCUGGAGGAAUUAUAGUCCCUGGCACUAACAGCAGCACUCCUGUGGCUGUGCCCGACGUUGUAGAGCCGAAAGCCUGA